AAAUAUCAUUUUGUACAUAUCACUUCAAAUUAUAAAUGCUUUAGCUCUCUAUGAUGGAUGAGUUAAUUAAAGUUUUAUCAAAGUUUGUCUCCUCAGAUCAAAAUGAGCUUAGAGUGGCCGAAUUAUUUUUACAACAAGCUGCCUCUAAUAAUUUGGGUGGUUUCCUUACAGAGCUAUCAAAUGUCAUUAGUAAGCCUGAUCUACCAGUUCAUAUUCGUAUGGCAGCUGGCUUGGAACUUAAAAAUCACUUAACCUCUAAAGAUAUAUCUCUAAAGACACAAUAUCACCAAAGAUGGCUAAAUAUGCCAUGCACUAUAAGAAAUUUUAUUAAACAAAAUGUUCUUCUAGCAAUAUCUUUAGAGGGUGCUAGACCUAGCGCAGCUGCUCAGUGUGCAGCAUAUUUGGCAGUUGCUGAAUUGCCACAAAACUUAUGGCCAGAACUUAUACCCCAAUUAGUUCUCAAUAUAACUAAUAAUGAAAUGAAUACAAGUUCUACCGAAGGUUCAUUAGAAGCAUUAGGAUAUAUUUGCCAAGAGAUUGAUCCCAGGUUAUUACAUUCUCAAUCAAAUGAAAUUUUGACAGCUAUUAUUCAUGGAAUGAAAAAUAAUGACAAUACUUAUGUAAAAUUGGCUGCAACAACUGCUUUAUUGAAUUCUUUAGAAUUUACAAAUGCAAAUUUUAAUCAUGAAAAUGAAAGGAACUAUAUAAUGCAAGUAGUAUGUGAAGCAACUCAAUCUCAAGAUAUAAAUAUACAAGUUCGAGCUUUGCAAUGCUUAGUUAAAAUAAUGUCAUUAUAUUAUGAAUACAUGGAAACAUAUAUGAGAGCAGCUUUAUUUGCAAUAACACUGAACGCGAUGAAAAGUAGUAGUGAAGAAGUAUCCCUUCAAGGCAUAGAAUUUUGGUCUACCGUUUGCGAUGAAGAGAUCGCAUUAUCCCUGUCCGAUACUGAACAAAAUCCCCUCCAAAUAUUGUCGGACCAACCUCUAUCCAAAGAGUCGCCUGCUUCGAUCAGAGUUUGCAAAUUUUACGCUAAGGGGGCUUUGCCAUUCAUAUUACCAAUACUCACUGAAACCUUGACUAAACAAGAUGAAAACGCGGACGAGGAUGAAUGGAACCCUUGCAAAGCGGGAAGCGUGUGUCUUAUGCUAAUGUCAUGCUGCUGUGGGGAUGAAGUUGUCACACCUAUAUUACCGUUCGUUACUACUAACAUAUUCAACACACGGGAUUGGAGAGCUAGGGAUGCCUCCGUUAUGGCUUUCGGUUGUAUAAUGGAAGGACCUUCCCCGGAUACAUUGAAGCCUCUAGUCGAACAAGCAUUACCUCAUAUAGUACCUAUGUUAAAAGACUCCGUAUUGCUGGUUAGGGAUACCACGUCUUGGACUAUCGGUCGGAUUUGCGAGUUUUUACCUGAGAUAGUCUUAAACCCUAGCAUCCUGAAUCCUCUGCUCAGCGCGUUGGUUGAAAAUUUAUCUUCGGAAGCAAAAAUAGCUGUCAAUAUAUGUUGGGCGUUGUCUAGUCUUGUGGAGGCGGCCUACGAUCAAGCGUUGCUUAACAAUCCUAACGCAGAAACUCCUCCCACCUUCUUGCUCUCCCAACAAUACGAAAUUAUAUUGGAACGAUUGGUCCUCACCUCUGAGAGGAACGACGGUCAACACAACAACUUAAAAGGCGCCAGUUUUCAAACCAUAGCAGAUUUUUUGAAAUCCUGCCCAGUCGACCAAUACAACGUUUUGCUCAAAGUGACGGGCCUGAGCCUGGAACGAUUGAAACAUGUUAUACUGCUUUCCUCACAGUCCAACCCAAAUUUUAACUCGAGCCUCAACUAUAACAUCGGUGAUUCCAUUCAAAAUCAAGAAGGGAAUCAAGUCCAACUGUUAGAGAUGCAAUCUCACCUUUGCUCCGUUCUUCAGAGCGCUUUGAGAAAGAUAAAAGCUGAGAAUUUGUCUCAAAUAUCUGAUUUGCUGAUGGCAUCCUUGCUUCAAAUGCUCAGCGCAAGUGGUAAGACCAUGGGAGUCCAAGAAGACGUUUUGAUGACGAUAUCAGCCCUAAUUGAAGGCUACGGAGAUAAAUUUUACAAAUACAUGGAAUCGUUUUUACCUUUUUUAAUCAAUUCUUUGAAAUGCUCGGAAGAAACUCAGGUAUGUAUAGCAGCCAUAAUGGUCGUAAUCGAUUUGUAUCGCAGCAUAGGAAGAAAUCUCCUUCCUUAUACCGAAAGUAUAUUAGGGACCAUGAUUCAGAUACUAGCGGAUCCUUCAGCCGAUAAGUCCACCAAGCCUCAUAUAUUCAGUUGUCUGGGAGACGUGGCCUUGGCCUUAGGUACUUCUUUCUCCCCUUUCGCCUCGCCCAUUCUCAGUACGCUCGUUCAGGCAUCUUCUUUUAAACUCUCUUCGGAAAAGGCCUCUAACGAUAUCAUCGACGAGGUCAUGAUCGAUUUCGUUAAUACUCUCAGGGAUAGCUGUGUAGAAGCCUACACCGGCAUAAUCCAUGGGUUGGCUGGUAAUACAGCUCUUAAUUACCAGGCUAACGAUAUUAAUCAAAAUAGUGGUGGAUCCAUUGACGAAAGCCCUUUGAAAUUAGUGGAACCAUAUCUAGGUAACGUGAUAAAUUUUGUCGAAACAAUUGCCAAAGACAUCGAAAGUAGCGAAACCUUACUCAUACAUGCUUGUAGCCUCAUAGGGGAUUUAUGCAAUACCUUUGGCCCUAAGGUACAAAUUUUGAUAGACACGGAAACGUUGAACAAAUUUUUUAUCUCCAUGAAGAACGUGAAAGAUAAAAAACACAGGGCAUCCAUCAGCUGGGCAUUGCGACAAAUCAGACUAGUCAAAAAAUGUGACAUUAACUCUAUUAAAUAACUCGCAUUAAAACCACAAACAAGCGCGAUACAGCUUACGAUAUAAUAUUAAGAUUGGAGAAAGCUUAUUAACCUCUAUUGGAUUAUUAAUCUGCCAUAUUUUUAUCCAUUUUUUUUGAUCUAAUUAUUUUAUCAGAUUAUUAUUGUUAAUUUUUUUGAAUCCUAUAUCGUUAAAUUUUCAAGUUAAAUAGAAAAAUUAGGAAAUCUUUAUUGCCUAAAAAAAUACAUAAAUGACUUUCUCAUAUAAAUUAUAUAAUAUGUUAUGGUCGAUAUUUUAAAAUCUUACAUUAAUCAGAUUUUUGUAAGUUCGAAGUUGUUUUAAACCUAAAUUUCCGAUUUAAGAAUUGCAUUUAUUUAAUUUUUGUAUUUCUCACUUUUCUUUAAAAAAUGAAUGAGAAAUGUUUUGUAAUUUUAUAAAUUUAUAUAAAUAAGCAUACACUAUAAAUAAUUAUCUAUGUAUCAACCCUUUUGCUUAACCUUUUUUUCACAUUUUAAAUAGCUACUCCAAUCAUAAUAAA